AUGGCCGUCAAUUGCCCUAACGAGGUGCAUGGCAGCGCCCAGCAGUCCCAGACCACCAACCAGGUGGACGGGGACAUCGAGAAAAGCACCGUGGACACCCAGGCCAUUCCAGCCCGCAGCAGCGACGAGGGAGCCUUUGACUCCGACGCGAACAGCAGCUUCCAGGAGGGCGUGCAGCGGGCCAGGGCAAUCACGACCAUCUGGUCGAAAUGGACGCUCGUUAGCUUGUUCUGCUUGCUAUACAUAAUCUCCUUCGUCGACUACCUCCAGAACUCCAUCGACGCAACCCUGAACCCGUACAUCACGUCCUCCUUCGGCCGCCACGGCCUCCUCAACGUCGGCAGCGUGCUCUCGUCCAUAAUCGGCGGCGUUGCGCCGCUGGCCCUCUCAGAGGUAAUUGACAUCUGGGGCCGCGUGGAGGGCUUCGUCGUCAUGAUCACCGUGUGCGUCGUCGGCAUGAUCCUCAAAGCCACCUGCCACACGGUUGAGCAGUACGUUGCCGCGCACGUCCUCUACUGGACCGGGCACAUCGGCAUGCUCUACGUCAUUGAGGUGAUGAUCUCCGAUAUGACGAGCCUCAGAAACCGCAUGAUCUACUUUGGGAUUAUCGGGACGCCGCGGAUCGCGAGUACAUUUGCGGGCCCGGCGAUCGCGGAUCUGUUCUAUGUGCAUCUGAACUUCCGCUGGGCGUUUGGGGCGUUUGCGAUUAUUCUUGUUGCGUGCAGCGCGCCUGCUAUGGGGCUGAUGGUGUAUAUGGCGCGGAAAGCGAAGAGGCAAGGUCUUAUUAGACCACGGGCGCGAAGUACACGGACCUGGCUCGAAUCGCUAAAGCACUACGCCAUCGAAUUCGACCUCCCAGGUAUCCUGCUGAUAACAGCAGCACUAGCCCUCCUCCUCCUCCCAUUCAGUCUAAACGCCUACGCCCCAAACGGGUGGAAAACACCGUACAUCAUCGCGAUGCUCGUGCUCGGCGUCAUUCUCUUCCCCGUCUUCUACGCCUACGAGGCCCUCCUUGCCCCUGUGCAAUUCCUGCCCUUCAAGUACCUCAAACAAGGCACGAUCAUCGGCUCCGCCCUCCUCUACGGCCUGAUGUUCCUGUCCACCUUCACCUGGAACGGGUACUAUGGUUCCUACCUGCAAGUCGUGCACAGACUGAGCAUCACGAACGCAAACUACGUGCUUAACGCGUACAGCCUUACAUCCACCGUCUUUGCGCCCCUCAUUGGCGCCUGGAUAAGUUACUCAGGGAACUUCAAGUAUACAGCCUACGUCGGCGUGCCCAUCAUGCUCCUCGGCACGGCGCUGAUCAUCCCCUUCCGCACCCCCUCCACGAACCCGGGCGUGCUCGCACUCACGCAAAUCCUGGUCGGUCUAGGAAGCGGCUUCUUCACCGUGGCCAGCGGGCUCGCGAUCAUGGCGCCCGUGACGCACCAGUACAUCGCGGUAGUCAACGCGCUAGGCGGGCUCUUCGGCGGCGUGGGGUCAGGCAUUGGCCUCGCGAUCGCCGGCGCGCUGUGGAAUAACCUCCUCCCACAAGAGAUGUAUAAUCGGCUCCCCGAGAGCCAGAAGGAGAACGCGCGCGCGAUCUUCGGGGAUAUGGUCCUUCAGAUGUCGUUUGCGGAUGGGUCGGACGAGAGAACGGCGAUUGUGGAUUCGUAUGCGCAUGUUAUGCGCUUGAUGGUUAUUGCGGGGGCGGCGCUGAUGCCGCUUUGCUUGCUGAGUAUUGUUGUUUGGAGGGAUAUUAAUGUGAGGAAGAUUGAGGAGGAGAGGGGGAGGCAGACGAAGGGGGUGGUUUUUUAG